CCUUUUCCUCAUUCAUCCUUCCCUUUUCAGUGCAAUUGCCAGGCAACUAGAAAUGCUGAUAUGACUGUGGCCUCCCUCCCUGUCCCUCCCCCUUUAUUCAGGCACCGAUAGGCUCAGCUUGCGGCCACUGUGCCCCUCGGACAUGCACCACACAUCUCCAGUGGACCUUGAUCUGGGAUGGAGAAGCAUUGGUGGAUUCAUAGGAGACGCGUGGGGUGAGCGUACACAGUGGCCAUGACUAAUGCUGGCAGCGGCUCUGCAGGAAAUUCUUCUGCAGUCUGGAAAAAAACUACUUAAGCUGUAAUUGUACCUUUCUGGAUCUGAUUCCCAGGCACAAUAUAAAGAGCCUCUUUCACUGAAACAGCCCAGCAGCAUAAGAUUUAGCAGGAACUUUUCUCUUUAGAUAUUCGUCCUUUGAAAGUCAUUGGGAGUGAAGCAAGCAACUGGUUCUGCAGAUAUCUGAUGGAAGCUCCUGUGCCAGACAUUUGCCAUUGAGGAACCUGGUUUUUUUAAAUAGAAUGUGAUGAAAAAAGUAAUGAAAGCUGGAAAGGUACCAGGAUGAGUGUGCAGACAACCGCAACUACAAAGAAUGGUUUUGAGGACCCUUUGUGUUUGGAUAAUAACAAUGGAAAUAAUUGUGAAAGUAAAAAUAUUGCCAGGUGCCCAAAAUAUGAAUGGAAUGCAAAUGUUAAUGGUCAGGGCCCUGGGGUGAACAACCAUUCCAUUUUGGACCAGCAGAGUGACAAUGAUAUUAAUAAACAUCAUUUAUUGCAGAGCCCUAAUGCCUUGGAGCUGGACAGCACUUUGGACUAUAUAGGUAAUGCAGGAGGAUACUGUGAUACCUUUCUCCAAAAAGCUGAAAAGGGAUGUAAAAUUGUUAAUUCCAGCCUUUCACUUGAAAAUACAGUGGAAGAAGAUGAAACUGUUGAUUAUAUUAACAAUGAGCUCUGUGAUAAAAGAAAAGAUGCUUUAUUUCCUCCCCCUGUACCAAUCCAAACUUCAGGAUCUAAUGAAAUCAAUAAGGGUUUUGGUGCUAUCACAGAUAAGGACAGUGCAUACAGCGAGAAUGCGGAGCAGUCGCUUUGCGUACAGGAAUCCACUGAUUAUUUGUGCAACGUGGAGCCCAAUUAUGUUCAGUCAUGUCUUAGUGAUAUGAAUAAACUGUGUAGGAAUGAGACUAAUAGUUUGGCAGAUACUGGCACAACUGAUAACAAAUAUGACUGCAAAUCAAGUUUUGACAUUUUAAGCUUGUCGUUGGACUUCAGCGAUGAAAUGUGUAUGAGGAAAAAUAGUUUGGUUUCAAGUGGUUCUGAGAAGCCCCAUAGCGCUUCAAUACUUGAAGCUUCAGCAUUACCCAAUAGUUCCAUUGAUGUGUUUACAGGGUGUGUAAAGAAGACUGAUAAUAUUCCUGGUUUUUGUCAGGGUGCUGAACUUUCCAUAAGAGACCUGAAUUAUCUUGAAGUUCCUCAUCACAAAGAUUCCAAAGAGACACCACAGAGUAGGAUCUCUCUCACUCCAGAGCACAGCGUAUUUACGAAUGAAACCAGCGAAGUGAUGGUAGAAGUGAAUGCUUGUAGGGCGACGGAUAAAACCGAGGAAGCACACCUUCUAAAACUAAGAUUCAGUGGAAAUGAUGAAGAGGGUUCUGCCCCUGGGGCAUCACAGGAAGAAUUGGUUUCAGAUUCUGUCCCUGCGGUGGCCCAGGAAGAACUUGUCACAGAUUUAAUUAAAGAUAGAAACAGUAUUAAAAACCAAGAAGUUGAUGGUGAAGCACAUUCUUUAGAGUCUCCCACUAGACCAGAUUCUUCCAGUGCAGAAUUCAAGGAUUUGUUCAGUAAUGUAUCAGGACAAAACUGUGAAGAGACUUUUAUAAUAUGUAGCCCAAAUUCAGGAACUGGGCCUAAAGCCUUCACCUCCACGCCAUUGCCUGAAUCCAAAAAUAUUACUUUCUCUGUCCCAGUGCUGGAGAGUAUCACAGAGAGCAAAGAGCUCCAGCACAACUUUGAAGCUGUUAAGGACAACCAAGAAGGAUUAGGAGUUGGCACUGACAGCAAUACAGCAACAAAACCAACAAAUAAGAAACCUGCCGCAGUUUCCGUAGCUGGAAAAGCAAAGAAAAAUGAAGUUAUAAGCUUUCCUAAACCCAAUUUUAAGAAUGUCAAAGCAAAAGUAUUUACUAGAUCAUCCUUACAAGCUAAGGAAUGGAAUCUGUCUGCUGCUAAAACAUCUCCUAGAUCACCUCCAUCGUUGUCGAAUACAUCUUCACCCGCCCAAUCUCCACGACCAUUGCCAUCUGCUGUCAAAACUGUUCGCAAAAGGUCUGUGAUAGACCAAGAUGUGAAAGCUGAAGCAGCUAUUGCUAAAUCUCAGAAGCAGCCAAUUACUAAGCAGCUCUUCCCUAGCCAGGCUGCACAUGUCCCAACCCAUUCAAAACAUGCUUUAGGUAAGGUUCCCAGAGCUGCUGCUUUAAAGCACACUCAAGAUGAGACCGAGAGAGCGAGUUCUUCAAAUUCAACACGCUCCUCUGGCUCUGCUGCUGCUGCCUUAACUUGCACGGCAGGCUCCAGAGUGACAGAAAGAAAGAGCGAAAAGGCAAGGACUUCCGCAAAGCCCAGUGCACCAAAUGCAGAACUUAUGGGGCCAGACAAAAUUGAGCACAAAAGAAUAAUUCACCCUCCACUUGACAAAGCAGAAUCUCUUAAGGAAGCAAAGGAAGUCACUGUACCUGGAGAUAUGGACAUCUUGGCUAACAUAGUGCCUUUACCUACAAAGUUGGCAAUUCCAAGCAGCAGAAAUUUGCAUAAGGAGCUGAUACUUGGUAUCAAGAAUGUAGCCUCUCAGCCUGCCAAGGGGAGGCUACAGGCCACCGGGCAGAGGCGGGGAAGCCUGGGCAGAAACAUCUUGACCAUCAGAGUGUCCUCUCCUCCGAGGGAGAAACCGCAAGCGACUGUUGAGGGAGGAUUAUAUUCUCCCAAGGGAAGGCCUAUUUCUCUAAAAGCCUCAGCAGCGAAUGGGACGAGAUCCUUACCUAGAUCCAGACUGCCCUGUAGAGGAACCGCACUCCAGAGAACAACUAGUGUCUCUUCUGUGUGCAGCACGCAGAGCGAGCAGAGCAAUUUGAGUUGUAGGUCUACAACCACCACCAGCAGCAUCAAAACUGAGGAUGUUCCUACUGUAAAAUGUAUACGACCAAACUCUGCCUCAGGUGCCCUAACCGCAAAGACUUCAAUUCCAAGGGGCAGAUCUCAGUCCCUCAAAGUCACCCAGACAGUUACAGUUACUAAGAAAAGCCCUUCUGGUAUCCCAGCUUUGCCGCGGUCAUCUGGGCCAGCAGUGUCUUUGACCAAGAAGCUAGAAGCAAAAUCACUUCAGAAUGUCGAAAAAAAUAAGCCGAAGACGAGCCCAAGAGGUCCAGUUAUACAAGCACAGACACCUCCAGUUGAUCCUAAAUCAGCUGAACUAACCCACUGCAAAGCCGUGUGUGAGCAGCAGAAAGGGGUUAUCGAGAACCUGAAAAAUCUCCUCACCAGCAGUAACCAAAAGUUUGAGGCACUGACUGUGGUGGUCCAACAACUUAUAAUCCAGCGUGAAGAUACCCUCAAGAAACGCAAAGCCCUAUCUCAAGAACUUCUCGGCUUACGUGGGGAUUUGGUGUGUGCAAGCAGUACAUGCGAGAAAUUGGAAAAGGAGAAGAAUGAUCUGCUGAUAGCUUAUGAAGGCAUCCUACAAAAGGUGAAAGAGGAACACCAUGCGGAGCUUUCAGAUAUUGAGGAGAAGCUAAAACAGUUCUACACAGGAGAGUGUGAGAAACUGCAGAGCAUAUUUAUUGAGGAGGCUGAGAAAUACAAGAAUGAACUCCAAGAAAAGGUUGAUGACCUCAAUGCUACACAUGAAACUUACAGGCUGGAGGCAGACACCAGUCAUGCAGAAACAAUAAAUAUACUUAAGGAAGACUAUGAAAAAUCUUUAACAGAACUAAAGAAUGCCAAUGAGAGAGAAAAUAAGAUAUUGGAAGAUUCUUUGAAAGAGAAGCAAGCAGAAGUGGAGAAAAAGAUAUUUGAGCUUAAAGACGAGAAUGAAUCUUUAAAGGAGAAGCUAAAGUAUGAGGAAGAACAAAGAAAACUAUCCAAAGAAAAAUCUGUCCAGAAGAAUCCUCAGGUCAUGUACCUGGAGCAGGAGCUGGAGAGCCUAAAAGCAGUGUUAGAAAUUAAAAAUGAGAAGUUACACCAACAAGAUAAGAAGCUCAUGCAAAUCGAGAAGCUGGUGGAAACCAAUACAACCCUUGUGGAAAAACUGAACAAAUGCCAGCAAGAGAAUGAGGAUCUGAAAGCUCGAAUGGCGAAUCAUGUAGCUUUGUCACGGCAACUUUCUACUGAGCAGGAGGUGCUGCAGCGAUCACUGGAUAAAGAAUCCAAAGCCAACAAACGUCUGUCAAUGGAAAAUGAAGAGCUUCUGUGGAAACUCCACAACGGUGACCUAUGCAGCCCCAAAAAACUGUCUCCAUCUUCACCUGGAAUUCCCUUCCAUUCUUCACGGAAUUCAGGAACUUUCUCAAGUCCAACAGUGUCCCCCAGAUGACACUUUUCCAAUGCUUCAACACUUCAAGCAGACAUUUCAGGAGAGUUCUGGGAUAUAUCUGGACACUAACCAUUGAAGUCAAGGCUAUAUUAGCUACGUUAUGAUGACUGGAAUUUGGGAUAUGGGUAAUGGUUACUGGAAAUAAAGGGGGCGAUGUUCCUCCUUUAAAGAAAAGACAUUUAUACUUAAAAACAAAAGAAAAAAAAUAACAAAAAAAACUUUGUUGCACAAAGCACUUACCUAGCAAGAUACAUCUGUUCUUGCAUUUUGCCUUUUUUCACCUACAGCGAGUAUAUAGGGGAAAAAGCUCAGGGUUUGUAGAUAAAAGAUCACAACCUUUAUAUAGAUUUUCACCUGUAGUAUUGUUUUUUCCCCCUUUACGAUAGGGUGCGUGUGAUGUCAAUGUAACGGAUGUUUUAUGAUGUGUGCUUCAUGCUGCCUUCUUUGUUCUAAAGGACAAUAAAGUUAUUUCUGAUGGAUAGAACUCCCAUUUUAAAUGAAACUUAGAACAAGGUAAGACUGCCAUUCCUGUUGGUCGCCACUUCAGUGUCUAUGAAUGACUCCUUUUAACACUAGAACAAUAUUCCAAGGGGUUUCUUACCCUUCCUCACUUUGCCUUCAUGAAUUUAGCAGAGAGACUUCCUGCUCACAUCAAAUUCCUAACCAACACUUCUCAUGCCUGCUACAACAAGGACUUACAAUUCUGACUUUUUUUUCCAGCAAUGAUCCAUUAUUUUGGACUAUGCAAGGGGCACUCCUGUUUACUUGGGGUGUUUAACUUUAUUUCAGUCAUUAUCUAUGCUAUGAAUGCAGUUGUGUUCCUGUAGUUAUUGCAGCACUGUGGUUAGUUGGAGAUCAGAAGCUUAUCCGCACAAACGUCAAGGUUACAGGCAAACUAAGCCAAGAAAGGCAACCUGGAUGCAUCUUCCAGCAGAAGCCCACAGUGCUUGCCAGGCCUGGCUUAUACCCCAUGUCUCUUUGGCAGUGAUUUAUGCAGGAUUUGGUGCUCCACCUGUCGGAGUUGUGACUCCCAUCAUGUCUCCUCCAGCAGAACUAGUAGUUCUUUUACUUCCACAGCACAGAUAUUUACUGCCUUUAAUCUAUCUGUUCUCUUCUUGAAUCCAGUGCUGAAAAAACGUAUAUCUUUUUUCUCCAUUUUGUUAAUUUUCACUUUCAGAGAAGGAAUUCCAAAGAUUUUUUUGAACAUUUGAUAAAUUAUUACAGAUUUUAUUGCCUUGAGUUUAUCAACCUAUGUCUUUUUGUGCAUUGUCGUCUUUAUCAUAGGAUUAUCUGAGGCACUGAAGUUGAAAUGGUAAAUGUGGGCACAGAAGAGUCAAAUGUUGUGUUUUUUUUUUUUUUUCCCUUUCAUUUUCAUCUGUGUCAUACAAAUGUUUGUAGCUUAGAAAAAAUAUGGAUGUAUAAAAGAAAUUAUAAAGCUGUAGUUGCUUGGUUUGUAAUGAUAAAAUAUAUGCUGAUCUGUAAUAAGAAAAUAAAUUUAUUGGUGCAAUAAUUUACUUCAUACAGUC